AGCGGAAAAAAACUCCUCGACAGGGGGAAGUCUACCAGCAGUGUCCUGAGCUGACUAAAGAGAGGAGGCUAGAAAAAAAGACUUUCUCGACCGUCAGGACAGUUUCUGACUUGUUGGUCUCAUCUUGCCUAAGAAGGAUGCCUCAUCAUUACACAGUGACUGUUGCUACUGGCAGCCAGUGGUUUGCCGGUACCGAUGACUACAUCUACAUCACCCUGGUGGGGACUGAGAGGUGCAGUGAGAGGACCCUGCUGGACAAACCUCUCUACAAUGACUUCGAAAGGGGGGCGGUGGACUCUUAUGAUGUGUCUGUGGAAGAGAGCCUCGGUGAUAUUGAACUGGUCAAAAUCGAGAAGAAGAAAUACUGGUUCCAAGACGACUGGUAUUGCAGAUAUAUCUCGGUGAAGACGCCGACUGGGGAUCACGUCGAGUUCCCUUGCUAUCGAUGGCUAGUGGGAGAUAAGGAAGUGGUGCUGAGGGAUGGCACUGCCCGUUUGCCACAGUAUGAGCAGACCCGGACAGCAAAGACCCAUCGGCGCAAAGAACUGGAGACAAGACAGAAGAUUUACAGAUGGAAAGAGUGGCAUCCUGGUUUUCCUAUGAGCAUCGAUGCCAAUGCCUACAAAAACCUGCCUCGAGACAUCCAGUUCGACAGUGAGAAGGGCGUGGACUUCGUGUUGAACUACAGCAAAGCAAUUGAGAACCUCUACGUGAACCAGUUCAUGCACAUGUUCCAGUCCUCUUGGAAUGAUCUGUCAGACUUUGAGCAAAUAUUCAUGAGGAUCAAGAAUACCAUCUCAGAGUAUGUCAUGCAACACUGGAAGGAGGACUUCAUGUUUGGCUACCAGUUCCUGAACGGAUGCAAUCCAGUCAUCAUCCAGAAAUGCAGCAAGAUACCAGAUAAAUUCCGUGUGACGCACGACAUGGUGAAGGACUGUCUGGAGCGAAACUUGACCCUUGAGGAGGAAGUUCAAGCUGGAAACAUUUACAUUGCAGACUAUGAAUUAAUGGAGGAGGUCACCGCAAACAACACAGACCCUUGCACUCUCCAGUAUCUGGCUGCUCCAGUUUGCCUGUUGUACAGGAACAAAGCCAGUAAAAUAAUGCCACUGGCCAUUCAGCUGGCCCAAUCUCCUGCUGAGGACAACCCCAUAUUCCUGCCCAGCGACGAUGAGUACGACUGGCUCCUGGCCAAGAUAUGGGUGCGCUCCUCGGAUUUCCACAUCCACCAAACGGUCACCCACCUUCUGCGUACCCACCUCAUCUCCGAGGUCUUUGGCAUCGCCAUGUUUCGCCAGCUUGCUGCGGUCCAUCCAGUCUACAAGCUGCUGAUUCCACACGUCCGCUUCACCAUUGCCAUCAACACCAAGGCCAGAGAGCAGCUGAUCUGUGAAUGUGGCCUUUUUGACAAGGCCAACGGGACUGGAGGAGGGGGCCAUGUGGAGCUGGUGCAGAGAGCCAUGAAGACCUUCACCUACAAAUCCCUCCUCUUCCCAGAGGCCAUCAAGGCCAGAGGGAUGGAUGGCAAAGACAUCCCCACCUACUUCUACAGGGACGAUGGCACCAGGGUCUGGGAGAUGGUCAAAAGUUUUGUGGCAGAGGUGGUCGACAUAUACUACAAAAGUGAUGAAACUAUCCAGAAAGAUGAGGAACUUCAAGCGUUUGUGAAAGAUGUCUGCAGCUUCGGAAUGCAAGAUUUCGAUUACUGCGAGUUUCCAAAAACCAUGGCAACCAAAGAGCAAUUGGUAGAGUAUCUGACGGUGGUGAUCUUCACAGCGUCUGCACACCAUGCUGCAGUCAACUUUGGCCAGUAUGACUGGUGCUCCUGGAUCCCCAAUGCUCCAUCCACCAUGAGGAAGCCCAGGCCUACAAAGAAGGGCCAGGCCAACGUGAAGUACGUCAUGGAGAGCCUGCCCGACCGCGGACGUUCCUGCUGGCACCUGGGGGCCGUCUGGGCCCUCAGCCAAUUCCAGGAUAAUGAGCUGUUUUUAGGCAUGUACCCAGAUGAGCACUUCAUUGAAAGGCCCGUGAAGACGGCGAUGCAGAACUUCCGCAGGAAUCUUGCUGCAUUCUCCCGUGAGGUGAAGAGCAGAAACGAGGGCAAGAAGCUGCCGUACUACUAUCUGUCUCCGGACAGGAUCCCAAACAGCGUUGCAGUGUAAUUAACCAAGAUGUCAGAGCAGAAAUAUAUUGUCUUUCCUCCUUUUUAUUUCUUUGUUGUGCACACACAGACACAGACACAGACACAGACACAGACACACACACACACACACACACACACACACACACACACACACACACACACACACACACACACACACACACA